AUGCCCCGAUUACGCAAAGUCGUCAAUUUAAAAUACACCAUAGAUGACGAAGACCCCCCCUUGGACUCUAAAGACCAGUCCAUCAUAAUUGAGAACCUUAGGGAAAAUGUGCCCUUCAACAAGUCUCGUCCUCGAAAUAAACUGGACGAUAGUUUUGGCAAGGUGCUGCAUUUGUCUCAGGCAUGCUUUGCUGCAAUUAAUCUUAUCCUCAUCACUCAUCCACAUUAUCGGCGUGAAAAUCCGAUAGUCAGCUGUUUUACUUGCGUGACCAUUCUAGGGCUCUCGGUACUGAUUCAUGUCGAAUUUAUCAGACCUCGAGAGCUAAUGACGAGGUUUACUAACAUGCAAAUACUUAUCGCAGUUAUGGCGAUCUCGGCGACAAUAUUCCUCAUCAGCAUUCGAUUUUAUACCGGUUUUCUCGAUAUGCUCUUUUUCGUACCUUUCCUUUCGUCACUAACCUUAUAUUCCUUCGUCAGAGACGUUGGAAGCUUAAGUCAAGAUAUUUUGGAGUUGGAGAGAUUGAAAUUCAACUAUAAAGAGGCAUGA